CAUUUGGUGAAUGACCUUUCGGUUGAAAUGGGCUCUUCCGAGCUUACGGUCGUAAUAUGAGCUCGCGCUGAACUUAUUCUGACGUGGAGGAAACUCGAACGAUGAAGGGUGUAAUACUGAGCUUGGUGGUGUGUUGCUGUGUUCAGCUUGUUUUUGGAGAAGGGGAAAUUAUUACUGAUAAAGUAUCCUUUGAAAUUUCCAUUGAUGGUGACCCCGCUGGUACUAUUGUCAUUGGCUUGUUUGGAAAAACUGUACCCAAAACUGUGGCAAACUUUAAGACUUUUGCUGGAAGUGGCUACAAAGGAUACAAAUAUGAAGGUUCUAAGUUUCAUAGAGUUAUCAAAGAUUUCAUGAUACAAGGAGGAGAUAUUGUUAGUACAAAUGGUUCUGGAUCUAUUUCUAUUUACAAUGAGCAUGGAGGAAAGUAUUUUCCUGAUGAGAACUUCAAGCUUAAACACACUGGUGCAGGAAUAAUAAGUAUGGCUAAUGCAGGUAAAAACACAAAUGGAUGUCAGUUCUUCAUCACUGCUGUGCCCACCCCCUGGCUAGAUGGUCACCACGUGGUCUUUGGAAAGAUUAUUGAAGGGAUGAAAGUUUUCCAUAAAAUAGAAAACUUGAAGACCAACAAAGAAGAUCAACCAUUAAAUGAUGUUGUCAUUACAAAAUCAACAGUUGAAGAUGGACUAUACCUUAAUAUGGUUUUGUAAAUUUUGUCUGAAAUUAUUUUUUAUACUAUAUAUUAUUUUCAAUAAAUGUGAUUGAAACAGUGUAUUGAUCUAUGCAGUAAUUUUGAUUUGCAGCUGAAAUGUAAGGUUUGAUUGAAUGUAAGAUUUAGAAAGUUCAGCCUGGAGCGAACAAAGUAAUAAUAAAGUGCUACUUUUCCACAUGUC